GUGUGUCCUCAGUCCACCAUGUUAAUUUUCAAUAACACCACAUCUUCCUCCUCAAACUUCCUCCUCACUGCUUUUCCGGGGUUGGAACUUGCUCAUGUCUGGAUUUCGAUUCCUAUCUGCUGUCUUUACACCAUUGCACUUUUGGGGAACAGCAUGAUCGUGUUUGUCAUCAUUACUGAAAGGACUCUUCAUAAGCCUAUGUACUAUUUCUUAUCCAUGCUCUCAGCUGUUGAUCUAAGUCUGACCAUCACAACCCUCCCCACUGUGCUUGGGGUUCUCUGGUUUCAUUCUCGAGAGAUCAACUUUAAAGCCUGCCUCAUUCAAAUGUUCUUUAUACAUACCUUCUCCUUUCUGGAGUCCUCAGUGCUGGUAGCCAUGGCCUUUGAUCGCUUCAUGGCGAUCUGCAACCCACUGAAGUAUGCCACUGUCCUCACAGACAUGAUGACCAUGGUGAUUGGACUGGUCAUUUGCAUUCGGCAAAUAAUUCUCAUGCUUCCCAUGUUUCUAGCAGUGAAGAAUAUGUCUUUUCAUGGAGGUCAAGAGCUGUCCCACCCAUUUUGCUACCACCCAGAUAUGCUCAAAUAUACAUACACUAACCCUUGGGUGGCCAGUUUUGCGGGCAUGUUUCUUCAGCUCUACCUGACUGGCACUGACUUAUUAUUUAUCCUUUUCUCUUAUGUCCUGAUUCUUCGUACUGUCAUGAGUAUUGUGGCCCCCAAGAAGCAACAAAAAGCCCUCAGCACAUGUGUCUGUCAUUUCUGUGCUGUCAUCAUUUUCUACGUGCCAAUGAUCAGCCUGUCUUUGGCACAUCGCCUCCUCAACAAUACCCCAAGAGUGGUCUGUAGCAUUUUAGCCAAUAUUUAUCUGCUCUUACCACCUGUAUUGAAUCCUAUAACUUACAGCUUGAAGACCAAGACCAUCCGCCAGGCUAUACUUCAGCUUUUUCAAGUCAGGGGUUCACGCGACCCCAAUGGGAGAGGUCUUAGAGGAAGAUGGGGUCAAAGCUGUAGGGGAUUGUCAUAG